CCGACUUCUUUCGCACCUACGUGAUAGAGAGCUCGUCAACGAAACGAGAUAAAUUGUAAUCAAAAGUUGAAUGAGAGGAAAAUUUUUCGUGCCACCGUCUGCUUUAUGUGUGGAAUAUCUUAAAGUCACGGAACAUUCUUUUGACAAUCUUGACGACAUACUCUUCAGAUAUUUUAUUCUCUUUUAUGCGUGUACUUCGCGUCUUCUGCGUCACAAAUUAAUUUUUCCAACAAGAGAUGCAAUAUUUAAAAAAAAUGUACGUUUAUUCACAGUUUUGCAAUCUCUCGUAGCAUGUGGUAUAACUUUAGAAAGACGCGACGUUCGUGGCGACGCGGAAAUGACUAACGCAAUCGCGCAGGCUACGGUCAUUUGGGCCAGCUGUUGCCGAACGUAAUCGAGUUUACGUACAAGACCGAGUGUGCAAAGGAAUGUGCGCGAGUCUGCUGCGUCACAUUAUGCAAAAAAUCGACUGAGAAAAGAACGCGACGAACAAAUGCGAGACUGCCCACAAAAUUGAGAGAUGUAAUCAGAGAGCAAAAAUGAGGUAAAGUAUUUUUCGAUUAACGCCCGGUCCAGACUUUGAGAUUUGAUUUAUAAGUGU